GGGAUUACAAGAUUCUUACUCUAAUUCCUCACUUCAAUUAGGUAUGUGUGCUUUAUCCUUAUGGAGUUAUGGUUAAUGCAAGUGGUUCAGUUCAGAACAAAGGUUGGACUCUUGAAACUGUCGACCAUAAGGAUUCCAAGGAGCCUGAGGUAUUGAGAAUCAGGGGUUUUAAAUUUAACAAAGUUGAUCAGCUAGAAGCAAAAUACACCGAGCCUGGCAAGUUUACCCUCAAGCCUUGAACCUGCAUCUGCUCUUAAGAAAUUUUAGCCUCUCAUCUAGAGAAGAUUCAUAUAAGUAUUGUUGGAAGUGAGAGAGUUAGAAGGUGGAGCUUCCUUGCGGCAUCGCCACAUUCAGAAUAUUCUUAUAUUGGUUCAAUGGAUAAGUCAUGGAUCACAAAGCCAAGAAACUCAAUAGAGUAUGAGCGAGGGGUUAGGAGGUUUAUUGAUUUUGCCUUCGAAAAUAGUUUAGCUGAAGCAACUGUAUGCCCUUGUUUGAAGUGCGGUUUUAGAAAAAAAGUGACAAAGGGUGAGAUGUAUGAUCACUUGAUAUGUACCCAAUUCCCGAAAGAAUAUACACUUUGGUUUUAUCACGGAGAGACUGAGGUAGGGGAUCCCAGUAGUAACGUCUCAAAUAGUGAUGCUUCAAAUGCUUUUGAUGAUUUUAAUCAAGAUUCUAUUCAUGACAUGCUUGGAGAUGCUUUUGGAACUGAUAUGCACUGGGCAAAUGAAGUCUCAUUAGAGUCAGAUGAAGACAUUGAUGGAGUUGAAAGAGUGAUGCCAGAUGUAGCUGAUGCAUCGGAGUUUGAAGAAUUAGCAAGUCAUGCAGAACUACCUUUGUAUGAAGGGUGUACAAGAUAUUCAAGAUUGUCCUUUUUGGUGAAGAUGUAUCAUAUUAAGUGUAUAUGUGGGAUGACUGACAAGGCAAUGUCGAUGAUAUUUGAACUCUUACAUGAUGCAUUUGAACAUGCAGAGAUUCCGAGUUCAUUUUAUGAAGCAAAGAAAACUAUCUUGAAGCUUGGUAUGAAUUAUGAGAAGAUACAUGCAUGCCCGAACAAUUGCAUGCUGUAUUGGGGUGAAGACAAGGAGAAAGAAAUGUGUAAAGUUUGCAACAAGUCUAGAUGGAAACUAGAUACAAAGGGUGGUGAGAUUCAAGAAUCAAAUGAUGGGAAUAUUAGGAAGAAGGUGCCUGCUAAAGUUCUUCGUUACUUUCCAUCCUACCCAGAUAGAUCCCAAUUCACGAAUAUUUAA